AUGCCUACAUACUUUCAGAUGCCACGUGGUAAAUCGUCCCGCCGUUCCCAGGCUGCAAAGCUACGCGCGGCUGGGAGCCGUGUGGGACAUCAGCGGCCUGGCAAUGCCAGAUUCGCACCCACUGGCGGUACAGGUGACCGCCAUAGAGUGCGGAAAUGGCCAAUUUCGUCCCUGACCGGACGACAACACAAAUUGGUCGUACCAGCCGAGUCUCCAGACAAGGAAUUUGUCCUCCUUGUUGGAGCUUCACAUCUCCGUUCCAUCGUCGAUGGAAUUGUGAAGAUGCCAGAGGGAAGGUUUUCCUUUGGUGCCAUGUCCACACCGGGGGCAUGCGCAACCCAGCUGCGAACCGAGGCAGCCAAUGCUGUGCUGCCUAGGACACCAGAUGCAGUCUGUGUGAUGGCUCCCAGCAACAACCUGACAUCCAGCAGGACCAUCACUGAAGCAGGAGAGGAUUUUGCAAAGCUCCUUGCGACUGCCUGCAGUCGCUGGCCUAACCUAAGCUUAUUUUUUAUUGUUUUUGCCUUGGACUUCCCCCCGCGCCUUACCGUUGACCCUGACUACCAAGACAUGAUGCGUCAGGAAUUUCGUCGUGUUGCGGCACGUAUGGGUAUGUUUAACAAAUAUUUAGGUUCAAGCGUGAAGUACACACAAAUUGCAGAGUACUUCCCUUUGAAAGAACUUGACCUGUGA